AUGGGAACAGAGAGGUGGCCGGCUGGGGAUAACAAGAUCCAGAGAGACCCCCCCUGCUCCUUUCCUCUGCCUCCCCUGCAGGAGUUUGAGAUCCUCACCCGGCUGCGCCUCCUGCAGGCCAAAUGCCGCAACUACACCUUGGCCCCCGACCGGGCCCUCCAGCGAUGGCUGCGGUGCCUGCCCCUCCUCAGCGAGGCCCAGAGUUAUCAGCUGUCCUGCACCAUUGAGGCCCCCAGCGAGGGAGGGGCUCCACCCAAGCCCAGCAAACCCACCUUGGUGAUCACGCGCUGCACAGACUUGAUCACCUCGCUGGGAGUGAGUGCCCCCCUGCCCUGGGACAGAACUGGCUCCCCCCAAGUCUCGCCCAAUCGAUUGGGCCCAUCGUCUCCCUCCCCCACCGCCCUGGGGGGCUCCCCCCAAUCAGUCCAGGGCAAGUGGCCCUCUGUCUCAGCCCUGGACAUGUCUCCCCCGUCCUCCCCCGGGGAUGGCCUGGCCCCUCUCCCCACCACGGGGUGCGGCUUCAUCAAGGGCCACCGCCGUUCGGCCUCCUGCGGCUCCGUCUACCCCCAGGCCCCCAACAAGGGCGGUGCCUCCCCCUCGGACUGCUGCAUCAUCCGGGUCAGCAUGGCGCUGCAGAACGGCACCCUCUACAAAAGCAUCUUG